CCCUUAUCUUAGUUUCGUUUGCCUGACGAGUUGUUUCCAAGCCAAACUCUCGAAAGAUGAAUGGUUUUGCAUCUAUCAGUCGCCCGGAAUAGGCAUCCUAGUAAAUACCAAGUUUCCCCUUUCAUGGAGAAUUACGACUCUGCUUCAGGAAAGUGGUUCAAAACUCAUCACUGUCCGCAUUUUUAAGAAAAAACAUCCAUUCGCGAAAGAUCCUAUCACUGGCCCAGUCGACACAGAGCUUUUUGAUAAGUACUUGGAGUGGAUUCGCAAGGGACUGCUUGUCAUGCAUGAAAAUAAAAAGAACAAUGAAGAUCGUUACAGAAAGAAGAUGGAAGCUUUUGAGAAUGAUGCAUAUUAUACAUAUAAUGUUGGCAUCACAGUAGUAGAGAACAAAAACUGGUUCUACCAGUUAUCAAUGAGUGGCCAGCUGUGGAAUGAUGAGCACAUUGACGUGAUUUUCUACUACUUGCGAAAGAAAGGCAAGUAUGACAGAAGGAGCACUUUCAAAUAUACAACAGUUGACUGUCUCUUCAUGCGAAAGGUUGAUCAAACAUAUCUUACAUACAACAACCCGGAAACUGGAUCCAAUGUAGCCAACGAAGAAGACGAUCUAUGGCAAUAUGUUAAGGGCUACAGAUUGAAUGCAAAUGUUCCGUGGCAUUCAGUUGACAAUAUUUUUAUACCUAUCAACAUCAAAGAGGAUAAUCAUUGGAUUUUGGUUGUACUCUCAUUCAAUGACAGGCGACUUUAUGUGUACAACUCAUACCGAGGCAGCGCAGACCACAACGCAGUUGUUAGAAGGGAAGUACAAAAACUUGCUGCCCUCCUGCCACAUUAUCUACACAUCAGUGGAUUGUACACUCAAAAAACUGGCAUGAAUUAGCAGAAUCCCCCAGCAUAUACGGACAUGACACAGAAUGAGAACUUUCAAGUGGAGUAUGUAGAAAAUCCGCCACAGCAAGACACUACCAGCAAGGAUUAUGUUGUGUACGUAGCAGCGUUCGCUAAAUAUCUAAGCACUGGUGAAGGUAUCCCAGCACAAAUCGAUGCAACAAUGCUCCGUAAUAAGUACGACGCACUCCUUUGGGACUAUGCUGCACGAAAGAUCGAUGAACAUGCUAUGAGCGACAUUGAGGCGCCACCAAAACCAGUUAGGCCAACAGUGGAUUAUGGAAAAGCUGCACAAUUGAUGUUACUUAGGAUCGAUGUAGGAAUAUUUAAUUGUAAUUUCAGACUAUGGCUAUUUUUAUAGCAAAUAUUUUAGAUUUAGUUAGUUUAAGACUAUCUUAUCAUUUUCCUUAAGUUCUAAUUGGAACAUUUAAGCUUAGUCUAAUUAUCAAAGUUGUGUGAUUUUGUUUUUGGAAUUUAGAUGAAUGUGUAUAUCUGGCUAUAUUUUGGAUGUGACAGUGAGGUACACUCUAAAUACGUAUGCGUAUUUAGAUCUUUGAAACAAGGGGGUUGUAUGUAUUUGAAUUCGCCAAACCCAGAAACAUCCAAAUAUUUCAAAUACAAUUGCAACUUAAUAAGAUAGCACAGUCAGAUAUAUGUUUUAAAUUAUAUGUAUUUGAUGUAUGUUGGAAUCAAUACUAAAUUUUAAUAUACAGUGACUAUUUUUGGAUGAA